AACGCGCUCUCCUCGUAGCAAGUGCAAAUUUGAAGCCCCAGUACUGCACAAACCAGCGACGCGAGUACGCGUAUUGGACGCAAAGCUGUUUCGUUAACCGUUACGUUUCUGUAGUAGACAUUCACGAAUACACACUAACACAAUUUAAAAAGAAAAAAUAAUACACACCUAUACAAACGAAUUUUCUAAGACUAACGCGCCCGCGCAUCGAGCAAAUUUUCAUUUUGGCUGAACACUGAAUACCCGCCGCGAGCCAGCAAAAGCAAUAACUACAAAAUAAAAACUACAACAGCAACAACAACAACGAGACAAAAGUCUGCACCAAUCAUUUUUUGGUUUUGGAAAAGUGCACACAGAAAACAAUAAUUGAACAAAAUGCAGUACUCGAGCAGCUCGGAAAAUUACUCAUCCUCUUUGAGAGAUACACCCUCGAAAUGGAACGGACGUAACGACAAGAAUUAUGCGUACAAGAAAUCAUCGUAUCAAUAUUCAAGCUCGGGCGAUAAUAAUGUAUCCUAUCAGGGCAAGCCUCCGGGCGGCGAUCAGAACAUCGAUCAGUUGGACGCGUUGCUCGAGGAUCUAAAGCAUGAGCGUCAGAUUACCAACAGAGAACGCGAAACAUUGCCAACUGGCUCUAGCUAUAGAACACUGGAACGUACUGAUCCGUCCGGAAGUGUCACGAAGACAACGCGCGUAAUCAAGACGACACAGCAUUCAGGUGGACAGCAGCCCCUUAUCGACGAUGUGGAGACCUUUAGUCCCAGGGACUAUAGCACACUGCAAUCUUCGGCCAAGUACUCCAACUUUCAGGACAGCUUAAAGCAUGACGAGUACCUGGUCAAGGAUAAACCCUACACGCUGGCUCACUCGCCGGGCGGCGGUGGUCAGUAUUCGAGUAAGUCUAAAAUCUACGAGAGCAAUCGUACGAUCAACAACAAUGUGGAAGUGGUGCCCAGCGUGAAUACCACAGAGACGGUCAAUAUUGACAGGGAGUUGCAGGAUAUUGCUUUGGGCGAUGGAAUAUUGCCUUCACCGGGCACCAAGGUGACCACAACUGUGCGCACCUACACCUAUGAGAUACCAUCGACUGGUCCCGGCAGCGCCACCAGCACCAUCAAUCGCAGCAGCAUCAACAACAACACGCUGAACAGCAGCUACAAACACCACGAGACAAUCAACUCGAAUCAGAACUACACGACACAAUUGUCGCCAUCGCAUGUGCCCCAAACGGUUGUCUACAACACGGAGAGCUACUCCACGCUGAACAAGCCCCAUGAUCGCCCGCUGGUCAGCAAUAAAUCGUACGAGAUUCGUGAGCAUAAGGAGACAACCACACGCGGAUUGAGUCCACAGCCACGUCAGUUGCCGCUGGGACCCGCUACCAGUCCCAAUGCUGGGCCGCCCAACACCAACCGUACUGUCAUCUACAACAUACACAAGACAGACAAUACGAUCAACGAGCAGCGUUAUCCGCAUAGUCCGGCCCAUAGUCCCAACUAUGGAUCGCCACAUAGUCCCGCACAGUUACAGCCGCAUCUGCCUCCGGGCGGUGGCACCAAUCGCUAUUAUUUCAAGGAGACCGAAACUUCGAACACGGUCAACACCAUACAUGGUCCGCCCAACGGCGGUGGUCCCUAUCCUCCUGUGGAUAUGGCGCCAAUCAAGCAGCUGCCGAUCACAAAUUAUCCACAGCCCCAGAAUGGCAAUGGUUAUCCGCCGAAUAACACAACCUAUUCGUAUAAAUACUCAUCCACAACGAAUACAAACAAUCGUCGUGGACCUGGUCCCGACUAUGGAUCACCGUUACCCUUCCCCGUCGACGGUGUCGAAUAUCCCGUUGGCAAUGGCAAUCCGCCACAGCGUGUGGACGAUCUAAUGCAGUCCUUCGGCACUACGGAUCACGUGGAUCGUGUGGAUAUUGAGACACCAGUGCGCAAGCGUGAGAUUGAGACAGCAGUCGCAUCGCCACAGCAGCAGCAUGUGCCCUCCGUUAACAAGGCUGGCAAGGAGGUAUACUAUCCGCCUGGCCACGAAACCAUUAUCAAUAGGCGCGAGGAGAUGCAUGCUGGUUCCGCGGGAGGCGGUCGCUGGGCCAAGGGAUCGGGCAUGUACGAGUACGAGUCCGGUUCGAAAUCAAAGACGAAAAGCAAGUCUGGUGCGGCUGUGGUGCCCCUUUGUUUGCCCCUCUGCUGUGCCAUGCCCUGCUCUAUAAUGUAAUUGAAUGGAGUUUGCAUCGCAUCGCAUCGCAUCGGAUCGGAUCGCAUCGACUACACUUGUAUAUAGGAUUCUAAUAUUGCCGUUAGGUCUAACGCUAAUUCCUGCCCCUAUCGUACAGCUUGUCGUUGAUUGAUAUUCAUAUAAUUUCUGUUAACCUAACCAAUUUUUCGGUUCGCUUCUUAUAUGGAUGCUCUAAUUGUUGUAAUUUGUUGACCAAAUUGAUUUAACUAUUAUAUUAUCUCGCGUAUAUAUGUAUAUAUAUUUCACACCAAGGCAUUGCCUGGAUUUUGUUGGAUUUCGUUUUGGUUUACCCCAAACAAGUUUUGCUCCAAAUUAUUUGCUCACGCUCCAAAAACAAAAAGAAAAAAAAAAAGAAACUGAUACAACAAAGCAUUUAUAAUACAACGUGACCAGUGAAAAAGCCGCGCAGUUCUCCAAAGUUCUGCAUAUGUUUAAGUUUUAUUUUCAAAGCCAAUUGUUUUAACUGUAUUUUGCAUACCAAACUAAUAAAUGAGCCACGGAAUCUAA